AUAAUAUUAUGGAUAAACAUAUUGGGAUGGAAGCUGAAAAUUUCCAUAUAUCAGGUUUAUAGUAUAUCGAUAUAAUAUAGGUAAUAUAGAAAAUGAAUAAAUUGGGGAUUAUGAGAAAGAUUAUUAGUCUUGUCAUGGAAAUAGAAAGGAAUUUCCAGUGAUUAGAGUGUUUGAAGAUUCUUGUUCAGAUUUACCUCAAUCAGAUCAACCUUUUGAAAAUUAAGGAGACUCAAUCUUUGAUGAUUUAGGACUUGAAAAACUCUAAGUUUAAUCUGUUCAUAGUGAUGGAAGAGCAACAUCUUGGAGUCAUACUGAUGAUAACAAUUCUUUAAAUAAGCAACAUCUCAAAAGGUCAUCGAUGAGACAAUAAUUAAGCAGCAAAAUAGUAGAGAGCAAUUCAGAACUAUUUAAUGUACAUUAUGCUAAAAGUCUUUACACAAGCAAAAUCAGUUAAUUAGUAGAUAAAUAGAUUUCAACCAACCCUAAAUCAAAUCGACUAUCGUAAUUAUAUAUUUCAAUUAAUUUGAUAGAAAGAGUCAAUAAAAGAUUAAAAGAAAGUCAUCUCAUUAACUUAUUGAAACUUCGGAUUAAUCUGAAUAAAAAAGUUCUUAACACUCAGGAGGUGAAAUGUCAGAAGACAAAUUAGCUAGAAAUAGAGUUGCAGCUAAAAAUUCAAGAGCAAGAAAGAGGCUAUAUUUUGAGUUAUUAGAAACAAAGGUUAAGGAUUUGUAGGAUGAAAUUGAUAGAUUAAAUGAACUUUGUUAAAAUUAAGCUAAAUAAAUCUAAAAAUAUAAGGAGUGUUAAGAAAAUGUAACAAUUUAAAAAUCAUUCUAGUAUUAGAAUCAAUUAGAGAAUUAGAAAAAAUUAAUAGAACAAUUAGAAGUUUGUUAAAUCAAGGAUUAAGAUCAAAAUACAACUCAAUUUAUUUUAGAAUAAUUGAAAGAUUGCCAACUAAAUUCUGAUAAGAAUACAAUUGGAAAUUAAUAUAUUGAUAAUUUAUUGGAGAUUUUGUUACCCAUAGAAUAAAAAUAUAUUAUAUAUAGUUAUGAUCAAAACAAAGAUAUAUUAUCUGACUUUUAAGGGUUAUUUAUUAAAUUAUAAAUUUAGCUCAUUUCUCGAAUGGACUAAAGAAGCAUUUCAACUUAUGAAUAUUAAUCAAGAUUAAUGUAGAAGAAUAAAAAAGAACAAAGAGAAGUUAAAUAGUGUUAAAAAAAGUAUAACAAGGUAAUAAAUUAAAUAAAUUUGUUUAGUUGUAUAAAUAAUCUAUACAAUUCAGUCAAGAUGAUAGUUAAUGAAACCUAGAAAAUCGAAUAAGUUUGGAAGACGAUUUAUGAAGUAUUGGAACCAGUUCAAUUGAGAUCUUUGAUUUUGUUAAUUCAUUAAGUAAAAUAACUUAAAUGAAUUCUUUUAGAAUUAGCAUAGACCAGUGUUUGAUUGUAAUAAUUUAUUUAGCGAUUGUAAAUAUUUCAGACAAAAUUCACAAGUAACAAAGUUAAGUAUACUUUUUAGAAUUAAAAUAAUCCAAACUGUUAACGGCCUGCAAAUCUAAGAUAAUAUGUGAAAAAAAUAAUUGAUUAAUGA